UUACUUUCCAAAAAUAUGUACUACUUUGCUCUCAAAUGCAUAUUUGCAAUGAUUGUCCUAGUAACUCCUAGUUCAACUGAGACAUUAAAAUCGAAUUUCACUCAACUGAAUUGUAUAGCUCUCGACAAGUCUUUUUUAGCUUUCGAAGUAUGCUCUUUGGAAAGUAACAAAGUGAAUAUACGAUUUAAAUUACUUAAGCGCCCAGUGGAUAAUGUAAUGCUACAAGCAGUGAUAAUGAAAUAUAUAAAUGGCAGCUAUCAAAAUUACUAUUUCAACAACCUUUAUGAUGUAUGCAAGAUCAUUCGCUCCAAACGCAAUGUAUUCUUGCAGUUCAUAUAUCAGCUAGUAAUGCCGUAUACAAAUAUGAAUCAUACCUGUCCUUAUAACGAGCACUAUUUGUAUGUGAAGAAUUUUCCUUUAAAUGACGUCGCAUUGUAUCCACUAAAAAUGCUAACGAAAGGAAAGUAUGCCUUAAUUGGUACAUGGAUGACGAAUAGAGUCAAGCGUGUGAACUUUGAAUUUCAUUUGUCGAUGCAAAAUUGA